UGUUCCAAUGACUAAGCAAAAUUAGCACCCUCCUUACGUCAUGGAGCAAGGCAAUAACUCUUAAAGAGUCUUGGUUUCAAGCUAAUCAUACUUUGUCUCUUGUCUUUUUUUCUCUCAUCCCAAGUUUAAUUUCAACAAAAUUGUCCUUCUUAGUUCAUAAAACUAGACAUGUCCAACAACGUGGACAAUUGGGUCAAUGCCGUCUAUGUGGUUUUUGCGUUUUGCUCUGCUUUACUUUUGGGUGCUCUUAAAAGUGUGUUAGUGGGUCCAAUUGCUGGCCUUAUACUUAUCAUAGGAAAUGUUGGAGUAAUCCUAUGUCUCUUCCCAGCACAUGUUUUCUGGACAGUUUACACCCUUUUCAAGACUAAUAGAUUUGAUGCGCCACUUAAAGUUGUUUUCUUGUUUGCUUUGCCUGCGUUAUUUGGAAUAUGGUUGGUUUUAAGCAUAGCUGGUACUCUUCUUGUGGGAGUUGGAUAUGGCUUCUUUGCUCCCUGGGUUUCUGCUUUUGAAGCUUUUAGACAUGACGACGAAUUUAACAAGUUUAUUCAUUGCAUUGUGGAUGGAACAUGGGGAACCAUAAAAGGUAGCUGCAUUGCCGUCCGAGAUUGUGCAGAUAUGUGUUAUCAUUCUUAUCCAAUGUAUUUGAAAGAGCUGCGUGAUUCGCCUUCUUCUCUUCACCUUCAACCUUUUAGAUUCAUCCAUGUACCAGGAUGUAUCAUGGUUGGUAUACUAGGUCUGAUUGUGGAAAUUCCUCUUUACACUGCUAUAGCCGUAGUCAAGAGCCCAUUUAUGUUGUUCAAGGGAUGGUACCGACUCAUACAUGAUCUGAUCAGUCGCGAAGGUCCAUUUCUUGAAACUGCUUGCAUUCCUAUUGCUGGAUUGACUAUCCUUCUGUGGCCUCUUGUUGUCAUUGGAAGUGUUGUAAUGGCUAUCUUCUCUAGCUUUUUCAUUGGAUUAUAUGGUGCUGUUAUUGUCUAUCAGGAAAGGUCCUUCCAAAGAGGUGUUGCUUUUGUGAUUGCAAUGGUGGCAGAGUUUGACGAGUAUACAAACGAUUGGCUUUAUCUUCGAGAAGGGUCCAUUCUUCCAAAGCCUCGUUAUCGAAACAAGAAGUCAUCCAACUCGUCCGAGUACUCUGUGAAACGAAAUGGUUCAGUACAAGGCAGAUUAAACUCUAUAUUUGCUGAAGCACCUGCAAUGCUUGUGCCGAGCCUAACCUCAUCUAGAUCAGUCAGGGAGGCAAUACAAGAAGUGAAAAUGGUGCAGGUGUGGCAGAACAUGAUAAGAUCAUGUGAAUUAAGGGGCAAGGAAUUAUUGGACGCGAAAGUGAUAACUCCCAGCGACCUAGAUGAUUGGUUGAAGGCGAAACACGGACUUGAUGUUGCAGUCGUGAAUGUUGGUUUACCAUGUUAUACAUUUCUACAGAUCAUCUUCUAUUCCAUUAAAGCUGGAUCGUACGGGUUGUUCCUUCUCGAGGAUCUUGAGAUCACUCACCUGAACAGACCUCAAGACAGAUUAUUGGACUGGUUUUUCCAACCAGUUAUGGUCCUAAAGGAACAAAUUAGAGUCCUAAGUCUAGAAGAAGGUGAAAUGAGGUUUUUAGAGAAAGUUGUACUUUUCGAAAGCAAUUCUGAACGCUUUAAGGCCUGGGAAAAUGGAAGCUUGGCGCCUCAAGAUUCUCUUAGAGCUGCUCAAAUUGAAGGCAUAAGCCGAAGGAUGGUGGGAAUGGUUAGAAGUGUUUCUAAGUUUCCUACUUAUAGAAGGAAAUUCAGACAAGUAGUGAAAACAUUGAUCAUGUAUUCCAAUCCUAAGGAAGGUUCUGUAACGAAGAACAGUUCCACGCGAUCCAUUCCUCAUUCUGUAACCAAGAACAGUUCCACCAAAUCAGGGUCCACGAGAUCAAAUGGUUCCCUGGAAAUUGUUUGAAGACAAUUUAAUUUCACCGGAUCAAGUGUAAGUUGGAUUAGUUCUUUAAGUCCCAUUGAAUUGAAAUUUGAAAGUGAGUAGAGUUGAUAUUCAUACUUGGAAGACUUGACAAAGUAGGCUAAAAUUUGAAAUCCAAGCUCAAGUCUCUGGCUAGGAGUAGGGACAUCUUCUGUAGGUUGAAGAUAUCUUGACAGAGAUAGCCAACAACAUCAAGAAAGGUUUAAGGCCAUCCAGUCUUAUUCGAGACAGGAAGAUGUAGAGGGACGUUUGAGAGAUCAUAUUUGUCACAGGAGGACAAGUUAUUGACAAAGUUGUUUAUAGAAGAAUUACUUCCUUCUUUUUUCGAUUUCAGUUAUUUUUCCCUAUUUGUAAAGACAUGGGUUUUGAGUGAGUUUUAGAGAUGGUGUAUAUUCUUUUAUUCAUGAAUUGCUAGAUAUGCUGUAGACUGGAUAAAAUUGGUGUCAAAAUGGUCUAGUUUCCCUUGUAAAUGCAGUUCAAUUUCUCCUUCCUCUGUUACAUUGGGGGAAACAAAAGUGAUUUAAUUAUUAGUCUCAA